AACUGCGCCAUUUAGGGUUUUUGGACGCCGGCAAUGGCGACGGCGGCAGCCGCUAAGAAAAAGACGAACAAGAAGAACAGCUCGCGAGAGGGGAAGUUCCGGCACGCGCUCGACACGUGCUCCAAGAACGGCGACCUCGCCGGCGCGCUUGCGCUUUACGAGACCGCCGUGGCGGAGGACCUUCGCCUCUCGGCUUACCAUUUCAACUCCCUCCUACACAUCCUUUCCUCAUCGAUCGAAACCCUCGGCGAUGAGGCGUCGACGCGGUCCGUCGUCGACGCCGGUUCUCGAAUCUUCGAUGCCAUGGUCGCCGCCGGCAUCGCGCCGAACGAGGCGACCGUGACUUCCAUGGCUAGGAUCGCCGCUCGGCGACCCGACGGAGGCGGUGACCUCGCUUUCGAUCUGGUGAGGACGAUGGGGGAGAAGUACGGGGCCACCCCGAGGCUUAGGACCUACGGGCCGGCGCUUUUUGCCUUUUGCCGGGGAUUGGAAGCGGAGAAGGCUUACGGUGUGGAGAAUCAUAUGGUUUCGACGGGUGUCGUGCCAGAAGAGCAAGAGAUUGCCGCGCUACUGGAAGUGAGCGCCAAGGUGGGGAGGGAGGAGAAAGUAUAUGAGUACUUGCACAGGUUGAGAAGCAAUGUGAGGCAUGUCACCGCUACCACAGCUGAGAUAUUGGAGCGUUGGUUUAGGAGCAAACCGGCGGCAGAGGUUGGGAGCUCUAAUUGGGAUAGUGGAAGGGUAAAAGAUGCGAUCUUGAAGAAUGGUGGAGGCUGGCAUGGGCUUGGGUGGUUGGGAAAGGGGACAUGGGAAGUUAACCGAGCAAACGUCAAUGCAGAUGGGCGCUGCACCUCCUGCAGACAGCAAUUGGCUUGCGUGGAUAUUGAUCAAUCGGAGACCAAGAAGUUUGCAGAGUCUGUGGCCAGUUUGGCCAUGGAAAGGGAGGCCAUGUCAAAUUUCAAAAAGUUUCAGGAUUGGUUGGAUGACCAUGACAAUUAUGAUGCUAUUGUUGAUGGAGCAAAUGUUGCACUUUAUCAGCAAAAUUUUGCAGAUGGUGGAUUUAGUUUGUCUCAGCUUGAAGCUGUUGUUGGAGAGCUUUCUAAAAGAUUCGAAAACAAAUGGCCACUUGUUAUUCUGCACAGUAGGCGCGUUCAAGCACUCAUGGAAAAUCCUCACAACAGGCAGUUGCUGGUUACCUGGAAGUCUAAAGGAGCAUUGUACACAACACCAAGUGGAUCUAAUGAUGAUUGGUAUUGGCUCUACGCAGCAGUUAGACUUGGAUGUUGGCUUGUGACAAAUGAUGAAAUGAGAGAUCAUAUAUUUGAGCUCCUAGGAAGGUCCUUUUUCCCUAAGUGGAAAGAGAGGCAUCAAGUUAGAUAUAAUUUUGCCAAAGGUAACUUGACGCUUGUGAUGCCACCCCCAUAUUCUACAAUCAUUCAGGAGUGUGAGACAGGAUCAUGGCAUGUGCCAUUAGAUGAUAAAUGCGAUGAUGAGAAACUGCGGACUUGGAUUUGUAUUACAAGACAUGAGUCACACCAAGCCUCGUGCAAAGCUGAUUUAACCGGCCAUUCAGUUCAAACAAUUACAGAGUCAGAGGACUUGCCAACUAUUCCAGCCAAGUGUGCCAAUAAUUCCAAUAGUAAUAGCGCGGGACGUGUAAUUGGUAAAAGAAAAGAAAGACCUUCUACAUUUUGACAGCAGAUGGGAUAAUAACAUUCGGAAACGCCGCUAUUCAUUUAGUAUUUCUCGAGUUCCCCUGAGUUAUGUGGACUGUUUGUAGUCUACUUUUCGAUGUUGUAUUAAGUCUUCAACUGUAUUAUCGGAAGUUAUGGACAAUCAAAUGCUUGCAAGUUAAUUGGAUAGUGAAUCAAAUGUCUUAAAUGGUUUCUUCCAAUA